AUGAAGAAGGCACGUCUCGUGGCCAGAGAACACGCCUCACCGAUGGACACGGUUUCGUACGACGCAGACGCCAAGUGCACCGAGGCCGCCAACGAGCACGAGGAAAGUGACCACGAAACCUGCUUUUCACCAAGACCGGAAGGGAAAAAGACGUAUCGCGUCAAAAACCGAGCUGCCGCAAAGCGAUGCCGCGAGAAGACAAAACGACAUGAACUAGAUCUCGCCGCUCAAGAAAAGCGAGUUACACAAGAGCGAAUGUAUCUGGAUGCUUGUGUAGCAGCACUCAAAAACAAGGUUCUAGUCCUGAGAAGCCAGAUUCUCGAAUACGGAGACUGCGACUGCGAGAUAAUCCGAGGAUACAUUGCGAGAACAGCUAAUAAUGUCAGCAUCGGGCUUCAUGGAGAACGCCAGUUGGCGUAG